GCCAUCUCCAUUCACCACUUUUCCCCGAGAAACCUGGUCAAAACACGUUGCGAACUGGCCAUCGCCCAUCUGCACGCCUUCAACUUCUUUUCCCCUUCAAUCCUGUACAAUUGUCACGCUCGAGACCGUGUGUCGAUCAUCUUAAUACCUUUUGUUUCAUUAUUUUGUUGCGCCCUGCUAAUAGCUUCCACCCUCACUUUUGUCCACCGGCAAUCCAUCCUCAUUUUCCUCACCAACCAACGACAUCGGGGACGAGCUAAAUCAUCUUGCGCAUCUUUCCUUUCUGCAGUCUCUGUCGUCUAAUUGACUUAGCAUCCCAACCCCCGGUACAGGGGACUGCGAUUUGCCGGCCAACGCUCCUCAAAACUUGGACACGAAGAGACGACUCAGUGCCGGGCUGCAAUUCAAGCGGAAUGUCGGCAUGGAGACCGACGCUGCAUCAACGUUCAGCGCAAAGCCGCCUCCACUGACUUCAGACCAACUGAAUUAUCUGAUAUGGAGAUAUCUUCAGGAAUCAGGCUACGCCGAGGCUGCUGUCAAGCUUCAACGCGAUUGGAAUGUCGACGCUGAGAGCCUCCCAUUUGCGAAGUGUGUCAAAGGCCACGCCCUGGUUUCUCUUGUGCAAAAGGGUCUCCGCUAUCACCACUUAUCGCUCACAAUUGACGAGAAUGGCCGGCCCUCCAAGCAGCUCAAUCCGUCCAUGUUCUUCUUUGGCCCUGAGAGCGAGAAACCCCCCCGAGAACUGCCCGAUGAACCUGUCAUUUCAGCACCUUCUCCAAUUGAAUCCGUCUCGGAGUCCCGAAGACAGCCUCGCGAUGGCAUUACAAACGGUCUUCAGGAAGCCUUGGCCGCACAACCCGCGCCCAAACGAGGCCGGAAGACAGCACCCAGCUCAGAACGUAAUGGAAGCGUUGCGCGCAAACCUUCAGCGUCUGCGAACCGACACGGCCAUGCAUCCGCGAUGGAUGUGGACAUGCUGAAUGGCCACCUCGCCCCUCUUGUCGACGCCAGGUCACCGUCUGCCACCGAGCCUGGUGCGGACGAGAAUGGCCCGGUUAUUAAUGGCAUCAAAGCUGAUGACCGAAUGGACAUUGACGAAGAAUCACUAGCCGCAGAUCACCACAAUCACGAACCACAUAUUGAGCUUGUGCUACCGACUGUUCAUACUCUAGCCACGGGCCAAAGCAUCGGUGUUCAAGUUGCUCCUGCCAAAGUUGCAAACCUUAGCGCAUCCACCACCAUCCUUCAAAUACCUUCCGGUAAUAACCAUGAAGCCUCGAAGCCCCUUACUCGUAUUGCAUGGCGUCCCAGAGACGACAAACUGCUAACAGCAAUGGGAGACGAUUUUUGCGGGUUCUGGAAUGCUGCCGACCAGGCUCCAGAUGCCAUCGGACCACCUCGCUUCCAAGAGCUACUAGAAUCCGGAGACGGGAAGCUGAUAAGUGCGAUGGCCUGGGAGCCAAAUGGGGAGCUUCUUGCAGUCGCAACCUUUAGCGACCAGUCUGGACAGAUACAUUUGUUUGAUGGCCAAGAACUUUCCAUGCUUGAGGCGCUACCGGCGUCGCAAAGAGCGAUCACAUCGCUCCUGUGGCACCGAAAAGGCUCGCACUUACUCGGCAUUGCUCCCUACGACUCCGACACUGCGGAUCCUUCUCAAGCUGGAGGCUCCUCCAUUCUCCUCUGGGAUCUGUCCAAAUUGUCGGGCCUUGCGGAACCGUCAACGGUCCCUGUGCCCGAGAUUCUGGUCGACGUGGACAGUGCUUUUUUUGACGGCAAUGGCAUCAUCUGCGCUGCCGGGCAGAAUGCAGUCUACUGUUUUCGGGCCUUUACAGACAUCGGGAGUAAAGAGAGGUGGACUUCGGGACCUAGCGACGGCGACCAAUGGACCUUUAUCAGAUGCGCCUGGCACGGGGAACACGACGCCAUCUUGGUUGCAGCAUCCGCCGAGACUGGUUCUGUGUGGAUGCCGGCCCAGAACGUUUUGAAGAGAGGGGCACAUGAUACACCUAUCACAGGGCUUGAACUUCGGCCUCGCUUAACCAGCACGUUCAACCCUUCGUGGAAACAAGAGUUUGCCACUUCUUCCAUGGACGGGACUAUCAAAGUCUGGCAGUACGAUAGGGAAAGCAAUUCCAUCACGUCAGUGUGCAAACUCAUCAUUGGACACGGCUCACCUAUCAUGGCGCUGUCGUAUUCUCCCGAUGGGUUCUGCUUAGCUGGAGCCAGCUACGAUGCUGCUCGCAUCUGGAACGCCGAGCAUGGUCACAACCUGAUGGCAACCUGGAAGGACGAGCAGAAUUUAUGGAGAGGGUCGCAACUGAAAGAUGAUGACAUGAUGAGCACCGGCGGCAUUUCAAGUGUUAAUGGCGAUACGAUGCAAACGAGUUCUGAUCACGCACUGAUUUGGGAUGGCCAGAGCAGAAGGCUCGCCUUUGGCCUUGGAUCUCAGGUCGCUCUCAUUGGCUUCCAACGGUGAAAUAUCUCACUCGCCUUGGCCAGCGUCGACUGGAUUUGAAGAAUCGAUGUACUACUAAUAUGUAUGACCAUCAACAUCCAGGGUAUCGGAGCAUGUCCAAUUGUUGCUGGCGCUAUACUGGAUGAUUGAACGCCGUGAUCAGCAGGAAUUAAAACAUGGUAUCAUGGAAGGUACAGGUGGAUGCAACGAAGACAGGAAAUAUCCAAGGUUGGGCAAUGCCAAUCAGCGUUGGACACCCAUUAAUCAUGCUCCAGUGGCUGUCUCAAAUUCACCCCAUUCAUUGUCGCUGUCCUCUGGGAUUGUUCUGAAGUCCUUGGCUGGAGCAAAUCUAGCGGCAGUCUGCGACGAUCUCAACUCCUCCUCCACAUCGCGGAAACCUCUAAGCCACGCUGUGACACCCUCCUGUAAGGCUCUCGCAUCGGAAGCGCCAUCGAGAUUAUAGUGGCCCCGAGCGUCAACUGGUUCUUCCACAUAAUAGCGGCCACGAAAUCUACCUCGGCCUCUGGUAACAAUUUUCCGGGGAUGAGAAGUUCGGUCUGGUGUGGGAGAACCAUUAAUCCAUCCUUCCAGACCGCUCACCGCGCUCGACAUGGCCUUGACCGCCGUCUCCUUCUUGGCUGAUUCGGAGUGGACCUCACUCAACUGGAUGUUGAGACUCUCAUUCUGUUGGGUCAGGGCGCGAUUCUUCUUCCUCAGGGUGACUAUCUCUUCGGCGAACUCUCGUACCCGCCGUUCUUGUUGGAUACACCGCUGCGCGAUCGCCUCGAGCUUUUCGACUGUCAAUUGGUGCAGGUGUCGUUGUUCCUGCUGCCUCAUGCGCAUGGAUUCGACCGUGGAGGUCAAGUGUGUGCGGAUAAGCUCAAGAUCGGCCUCUGUGGCACCCGACGUCUGAGGCAGAAGUGAGGGCGCAGCUUGACUUUGCUGCGUCGUCUCGGAAUCACUCUCUUUGUCAGAGAGCGACUCGUCCUCCAGUGCAGCCUCAAUCUCGUCCACGGCUUGUUCAAUUCUCCGUCUCUUUCCACCUCGAAUCGCUCCGUCCUGCUCGCAGGCCCAAAUUUCAGAGACCAAGCCGUUGAGGCGGUCGGCAAUUGCGGUUUCGUCGUGUGUCCCAUCUGGCUGCGAAGGGUUUGAUUCUUUCUCAUGGGGAGCCGGUGACCGGGUCCUCAUGCUGAUGGCGGAGUCGGCGAAAAGCGAGUUGUUGGUCCAGGCCGAACUGGGUCGGGUUGGAGAUGCGGCGGCGACGCUGUCAGGCUGAUUGUCCGCGGGGGACAUAAUUGUGCGACUUUGGGGAUGCUUUGUGCUUAAGUGACAUGUGCGACUGUGUAAAUAAACCUCCGAGUUCGAUUGUAAUGUUUCUUCUGGUGUUGUUCGAAUGUAGAGAAUGAGCGCAGCCUGCCAGCUCGAGCAGAAUCCCGAUCGUCAGGGC